UAUUUCCAGUGAGCAUGCUAAAGUUUAAAGUUUAAUGGUUAGAUGUUAUAUGGAUCUACGGCCAUUUCCAGACUCUCAAUAAUCUUUCAUGUCAGUAAAUUAUUAACAAUCUUUCAAUCAACAAUGAAUAUGUUUAGACUAAAAAAUAAUAACAAAAUGAAGUUGAAAUACACACUGCAUGGACAGUGCAAUGUGAACAUAACAGUAAAGCAACGCACUGUCUCAAAAUGGCCACACGGUGUCACUCUAAACUAGUAAAAAAAAUGUCUUCGCCUGACAAACAUCUGUUACAACGGAGUUAAAAGAGAAUGAAAUCCCAGAUCUUCGAAACACCAGACGAUAACUAUUUGUGUAUAGCUAAUGACAUAGGCUAAUAUUUGAAUUGUAUACAGGCUAUUGUUAUAGGCUAAUAACAAACAGUAUUCCUCUUGGCUUAUUGUCUGCAUGUCUUACAGGCAAAAGAAUACACCUGUACUUUAUUUAGCCACAAGUUUGUCUUUACGCAGCUAAAUAAAACAUUGAUACACAUACAUACAAGACAAUGGUUAUAGAAUAAAGUAGCUUGACCUUACAAACCAAAACAAAGCCUACAUGUCAAGCUUAGCUAAAUAAAAUUAACGUUAACGUUAGCCUACUUCAAUUUGUCCUCGCCACACUGCCGUUUUUGUGAGUAAUGUCAAAAUAAGUUCGUACAAAUAACUCGAAAAAUUUGUAGACUUUUGUCUUUCCGUCAUGGUUCAAGUUCACGGACAAAAAUGUGGCCAAAUCAUUUUAUCAAACAGUUUAAAUAGUUACCAAAUUCUUACGUGUUUCACCUGACGGUCGGGAGUGCGCCGCAGGCACGCACAUCUGCAAUGACGUCAUGUCGGUCCUCCCCGUCUCUCUCGUACUGCGAGUGUUUGAGUUCUGGCUUAAAUCCGGCUUCACUAAUAAAGGCUGCAAGUCCUGCAUGCGCACCGGUGCAUUACUGUUAUUAUUCAUCUCUGGUGAAUCAGUGAUCACGAGAGCCACCAAUAAGCCAUCUCUGGACACGUUGACAUUUAAACAUGAGCUGAGUUGCACAAACUUUUUAAUAUUUUGUAAAUUAUUUUUUUUUCAUUGCAUUUCUGAUGCAGUGAGUGAGUUUAUGAAGAGUUUUUCCCCUGUACAAGGACUGCAUUUGUUGGCAUGAGAGAUAAAGAGAAUGGCUUGAAGCUAAAGGAGAGAUUUACUGAAGAAUGCACUGAAGUGGAUUUCAAAUGAAGAGUUCUACUGUCUGCAAAAUAUGAAGACGCGGUCAGUGUAAUAGUGUUGGGCAGUUGCCAGCUGUCUGGGUCAGACACGUUUUAGACUCGAGCUGCUGUCUGGAAGAAGCCGCUUUAUACUCAUGAAUGUUCGUCUGCACAGUUGCCGCUUCAGCUUCUGCUGGUAAGAAACGCACGCAAAAAGAGCUGACGUUUAGGAAAUCUAGCCUAUCUGGUGGAACUGGGCCACUUUUCUGCUUGCUGAUGUAGAGAAAAGCCGGCAUUUGAUUUGAUGUUCAUCCGGCAAGCAAAUGGAUAGUUCGGCACAAGUUCCUAAUAUAGAUCUGCUGCUCUGGAAUAACAUGAAGGGAGUCGUUAUGGAUUCUUGCCCUGCUCAUGGCUGACAAAGAUGCAGGCUUGAGUCCUUCCUUGAGACUUCACCUUUAGGAAGACUUCUAAACCUGGAAUUAACUGUGGACUUGGGAUUCUAGUGUAUCGAGGAUGCUUGUCACGGGUGUGUUAUGGUGCGAAGCUGGAUUGACCGUAUCGCUUUAAUCCACUUGUAGCCUCCCCCUACCCCCACCCCAUGUCAGAUCUUCCCUAAAUUAUGGAAAUUUUUUGGAAGACGCUGACUUGGAUAUUUAGCCUGGUUUUGGCCGCUGCUGAAGCUCAGAUCCUUUCGUACAACUCUCAAGCGGAAUUCCUGUCCACGCUGGAGCACUAUCAGCUAACAGUACCAGUGCGGGUGAACGAGAAGGGCCAGUUCAUGAGUUACACUGUGAAGCAUUACAGGCCUGGACGGCGGCGACGUGGACUGGACCAGACUGAGCUGGACCACACCGAAACCAGGCUUUUUUACAAACUCUCAGCCUAUGGAAAGCACUUUCACCUGAACCUGACACUCAACCCCAACCUGGUUUCUAAACAUUUCACGGUAGAAUACUGGGGCAAAGAUGGACUAGACUGGCAGCAUUCAGUGGUCGAUAACUGCCACUAUGUUGGAUACCUAUUGGAUCAAUAUAGCACUACAAAAGUGGCACUGAGCAACUGCAAAGGCUUGCAUGGUGUCAUAACCACAGAGGAUGAGCAAUAUUUAAUAGAGCCAUUAAAAAACAUAUCCAGAAAUUUCAGUGAUGUCAACCACGAAGGACAACCACAUGUUAUUUAUAAAAAGACAUCUAUUCCUUCUCCACAAGAGCCGAGCAAGGAGUUCAGCUGUGGUGUUUCAGACCUCACAGUGAACAGAACACAAUUCUACAAUACCAAUCCUAAAUUAAACCCAGACUUCCCAGUCCUAGGUGUCGACAGUUUAAUGGGUGCCCACCGUCAGCGCCGUUCUGUCAGUUCUGAACGCUUUGUGGAAACUCUAGUCGUGGCUGACAAAAUGAUGGUUGGCUACCACGGGCGCAAAGACAUUGAGCACUACAUACUGUCUGUUAUGAACAUUGUUGCCAAACUUUACCGUGAUGCCAGUCUUGGAAACGUUGUGAACAUAAUUGUAACUCGACUGAUUGUUCUGACAGAAGAUCAGCCCAACUUGGAGAUAAACCAUCAUGCAGACAAAUCUCUAGACAGCUUCUGUAAAUGGCAGAAAUCCAUUCUUUCUCAUCAGGGAGAUGGAAACAGUAUCCCGGAGAACGGGAUCGCCCAUCACGACAAUGCUGUUCUCAUUACAAGGUAUGACAUCUGCACCUACAAGAACAAACCCUGCGGUACCCUUGGUUUGGCAUCCGUUGCAGGAAUGUGCGAGCCUGAGAGGAGCUGCAGCAUUAAUGAAGAUAUAGGUCUCGGUUCAGCCUUCACUAUUGCACAUGAGAUUGGACACAACUUCGGCAUGAAUCAUGACGGGAUCGGGAACUCCUGCGGGACUAAAGGUCAUGAGACAGCCAAGCUGAUGGCUGCCCAUAUCACUGCCAACACCAACCCCUUCUCCUGGUCGGCCUGCAGCAAGGACUACAUUACCAGCUUUCUGGACUCAGGUCGGGGAACGUGUCUGGACAAUGAGCCUCUAAAACGAGACUUCCUGUACCCCACUGUGGCUCCAGGGCAGGUGUACGAUGCAGACGAGCAAUGUCGUUUCCAGUACGGAGCCUCCUCCCGCCAGUGCAAGUAUGGGGAAGUGUGUAGAGAGCUCUGGUGCCUUAGCAAAAGUAACCGCUGUGUCACCAACAGUAUCCCUGCCGCAGAAGGAACCCUGUGCCAGACUAACACUAUUGAAAAAGGGUGGUGUUAUCAGGGUGAAUGUGUGGCGUUUGGGACAUGGCCGCAGAGUGUGGAUGGCAGCUGGGGCCCGUGGACAGUCUGGGGUGAGUGCAGUCGAACCUGCGGCGGUGGCGUCUCCUCGUCCAUGCGACACUGUGACAGCCCAGCGCCGUCAGGCGGAGGGAAGUACUGUCUCGGAGAGAGGAAGCGCUACAGAUCGUGCAACACAGAUGCUUGUCCAGAAGGAUCACGUGACUUUAGGGAGAAGCAGUGUGCCGAUUUUGACAGCCUGCCUUUCCGUGGGAAGUACUACAACUGGAAGCCGUACACUGGAGGUGGAGUGAAACCGUGUGCUUUGAACUGUCUGGCUGAAGGCUAUAACUUCUACACUGAGCGCUCGCCUGCUGUCAUUGAUGGCACGCGCUGCCAAGGUGACUCGCUGGACAUCUGCAUCAACGGAGAGUGCAAGCAUGUUGGCUGUGAUAAUAUAUUGGGCUCAGAUGCCAAGGAGGACAGAUGCCGUGUGUGUGGAGGAGACGGCAGCACGUGUGAGCUCACCGAAGGCCUUUUCAACGACUCACUGCCCAGAGGAGGUUACAUGGAGGUCGUCCAGAUACCAAAAGGGUCGGUUCACAUUGAAAUCAGAGAAGUGGCCGUGUCAAAGAACUACAUUGCUUUGAAAUCGGAGGGAGAUGACUAUUACAUCAAUGGAGCCUGGACCAUUGACUGGCCUCGCAAGUUUGACAUUGCAGGAACAGCCUUUCACUACAAGAGGCCGACUGAUGAACCUGAAUCACUUGAAGCUCUAGGGGCCACCAUGGAAAAUUUGGUGGUUAUGGUGUUACUACAGGAACAAAACCUGGGCAUUCAGUACAAGUUCAAUGUGCCCAUCCAGCGUACAGGAAGUGGGGACAACGAAGUGGGCUUCUCCUGGCACCAUCUGCCCUGGUCUGAGUGCUCUGCUACAUGUGCAGGAGGCUCGCAGAAGCAGGAGGUGGUGUGUAAAAGACUAGAUGACAAUUCGGUGGUCCAAAACAGCUACUGCGAUCAGGACAGCAAACCGCCGGGGAACCAGAGAAGGUGUAACACUGAACCAUGCCCUCCAGAAUGGUUUAUCGGCGACUGGUCAGAAUGUGGAAAAACCUGUGAUGGAGGGAUCCGGACACGUACUGUUCUGUGUAUCCGUAAAAUCAACCCUGCCGAAGAGGAGACACUGGAAGACAGCCACUGUCUGACUCAUCGACCAAUAGAACAAGAGUCUUGCAACAACCAGUCCUGCCCACCUCAGUGGGUGACGCUGGAUUGGUCAGAGUGCACUCCGAAAUGUGGUCCUGGUUUCAAGCAUCGUAUUGUCCUGUGUAAAAGCAGUGACCUGACCAAAACCUUCCCAGCAGCUCUCUGUUCUGACCAUAGCAAACCUCCGGUCCGCAUUCGCUGCAGCCUCGGCCGGUGUCCUCCACCACGCUGGAUCCCUGGAGAAUGGGGACAGUGCUCUGCUCAGUGUGGACUAGGACAGCAGAUGCGAACAGUUCAGUGUUUGUCUUACACGGGACAGCCCUCAAGCGAAUGUCUGGACUCACUGCGGCCCAACACUAUGCAGCAGUGUGAAAGCAAGUGUGAUUCCACACCCAUCUCUGGUGGCGACGAGUGCAAAGACGUAAAUAAGGUGGCAUAUUGCCCACUGGUGCUGAAGUUCAAGUUCUGCAGCCGUGCGUACUUCAGGCAGAUGUGCUGCAAGACGUGCCAAGGACACUGACCCUGUGGAGAGAAGCAGAGACAGAUGCUGCAACAAUGAAAGAGAGAGAACACUGGCAGAGAGGAAAGCAGACCAGUGUUGUACGAGUCAACACUGGGCAUGGAGAAGGAAGGCUUUCUCUUGCUCAUCAAAACACACACACACACACACACAACUGCUUUUAGCCCUGUGGAAGGCAAACCACUGCUCAGCACUGCGCUGACACCUGUUUUAUUUUCACUUCUGUGAAGUGGGAAUGUAUAAAAUGAUCAUUAUUGUUGUUAUUUUUAUAAUAAUGAUAAUAAUUGCUAUUGGUUAUUAUUAUUAUCAAUGUCUUUCUGUUGUUAUAAUCCAAAGUGCUGGAUACAACACUCACAGAAGUAAAAUGGCAAAGGUUUACUUCAAGGCACUCACCUAUAGGAAAUCGGGCCAUUGAUAUUGCUCUGGGUCUUGAAUAUAUACUCCUUUCACAGCUCUGUAGGCAACUCUGCAUUUGAACCAACAAUGGUUGCUCACACAGGCAGCAUUGGAUGAAGUGAAAGUCAUUGGUCAAUUUAAGACACUAUGAGUAUCAAAGACUGUUGAUGGGAGACCUCAAACAAUUGUAAAGAUUCUUAGCAAUGAACUGAACAAUUGCUUGGUGACCACAAUGUAAUUUACAAAAUGUAAAUAAUUGGAUAUCUUCAGCCCUGGAGAGCCACAGUCAUGGAGGGUUGCAUUACAACCCUAAUCAAACAAAGGGUUAAUCAAACAAAUUAAGAUCUAAGACAGAGGUCACCAAACUUGGUGUCCUGCAGAGUUUAGCUCCAACUUGCCUCAACACACCUGCCUGGAAGUUAUAAGUACAUUACAUUUGAUUUUUAAAAGUAUAGACCUAGGGUCUCCAACUGCUCCUGAAGAGUUAAGUUCCUUCAUUGUUCAGUUCUUACCUGGUUGUAAUUUCCUCAAAUCCCUGGACACAUUGAUGGUUCAGGCGCGUUUGACUCGGAUGGAUCUAAGAAUAAGCAGUUAGAGACCGCUGGUACAGAUCAAGGUUGUCUAAAGGCCUGGUCAUACUACUACAUGCACAGCUAUGUCCGUGGAGCUUUUAAACUAUGCUCAACUGUGUAUGAGUGGGUUUCACAUAUGCACAGUCGCAUUGAGUGGAAUGAUCUGUUUGAAGCCUAAAACACUUCUGAUGACAAAAACUCUCAAAGGUAUGUACAUUGUUCUGGAAAGUGGAUGAUUAAAGUAUAAGUACUCGAUCCUGCUUUAUGAGAAUUCUGUCCUACAGAGCUCCAACUUCCACAAAAACACUUGUAUGGAAGAUUCCAUUAAUCCUGAAGUUUUUGAUUGACUAGUACAGGUGCGUUAAGUUGAGGUUAGAGCUCUGAAAAACAGUGAUCUUCUGUGACAGUAGUCACCAAGCUUGUUCCUGGAGUUUAGCUCCAACCCUAAUCAAACACACCUGAACAAGCAAAUCAGGAUCUUACUGGGUAGGUUGAAACUUCUAGGCAGGUGUGCUUAGGCAAGUUAGAGCUAAACUCUGCUGGGACACCAGCUUUAAGAUUCGUAACCCCUGCUCUGGGAGAUGGGUUGGACAGCCCUGGGAUAGAUGGCUAGAGCAAAUGUUUAUCCAACUAUUUGAAUGGCGCUAUACAACAUAAAACAUGGUUUUGUUGAAAUCAAAAACUUGAAAAUUCU